AUGGCAACUUCUGGAGAUUCGUUGUUAGACGAUAUCAAAAGAGGGCUGGAAGAAAAAGAGAAGAAACUGGAAGCGCUGCAGGAUGAAGGUGAAAACAUUACAAAUUUUAUUGCUUUCUUGGUGCAGCGAAAAGCUUCCCUCGAACAGCUUAGUACCAAAGCGAGGGCGGCGCAAAACGCCCGCGAUGCUGAAAUAACGGGUGCAACCAUUGAUAUGCAAAUCCAAAAUGAAGAAGAGAAACUGCGCGGAAUCAAAGCUGAUCUGAAGAGUCUUCGAGAUGCAAUUGAGCUGCUCCGUUAA